AUGGAGCCUCCGGCCACGCAAUUCGCCGCUCCGCGCCGCGUCUUCACGGCGCCUCUCCCCUCUACCCGACAAUCUCUUUCGUCUUCGGCCACGCCUGCAGGCCCGGCCGGAAGCGUCGAGACUCUGUACAAUCAUCCCAACGCCAAGAUUAUCGCUUUCAGCGCUACAGCUCGUGCAGUCCCGAGGAGCCCGACAAGUACCGCCGCAUCGCUGGAGGAAGACCAGGGCACGCUCUCGUGGUCCUCUCAGCUGGAAAGAACGAUAGCAGUCGGUACCUUUCGUAUAUACCGCGCGCCCGGUUCCGUUGCCUUCCUCAACUGCGGUUCAGCACUCCAGCCCAUCCUCCCCAAAAGCCAAUGCUGGUGCAUCGAAGAGGACUCGAGCAAAUUCGUCCUGCAGAUUCGCAAGCCCCAAUACUGGCGGAUCGAGUUACCCGUCGUAAAUGGAGAAGAUCGGGAGCGCGCAUUUCUCCUCCGAGAAAUCUUUGACCAGAUCCUUCUCUUUGAGAAGACGCGAUGUCCCUUCCAGCGCUCCUUCACCGUCAAGCUUCCCGAAGCUCCGCAGACACCCGUCAAGAAAAAGCCUUGGACACCAGCGCGCAGAUCCUUUGUGCCGAUACGUGCAUCCCAGUCUCCCGAAACUCCUCCGACGCCCAUAUCUGCUCGAUCGCUCAUGAGGCCGUCUUUCUACGAGCCAAAGCCCGCUACUUCAACAUUACCGCAACCCGUCCAAACCCCUACCAAAAGUUCCCGAUCAAAGGAGAUCGAAACUUCAGCAAGCCUCGAGGCACCGAGCGAGAGCGAAAGUGACAAUGCCCCCAAGGAGCCCGAGAGGCAAGAGGCGUCCACCGCAUCACCCAGCUCCGAUAUCGAUAACACAGCAACCGAAGCGACGAAGCCAAUCGAUCAACUGACCACCGCCGAAGAGCAAGUGACGAGUGUCGAGACGGGCUCUGCGCAAAAAGAAAGGGAAGGUGGCAGUGUAGAGACACUCUCAGACAUUACCGAGGAACCCCGUCAACCAGACGUGCCUGAGACAACAAGCCCGGAAGAGGACGCUAGGCCAAUUUCUCCCAGCGUUGAAAAGGCUGUUACGAGGGAUGAGACACCUGUCAAGGUCAAACAAGUUGUCUCAGUCAUCGAGGAGCGCCUUGCAGAAGAACCACCAGCGCCCCAGCCUGACGUCAAUACAGUUGAUCCAGCGACGAUUCAUCGGGAGCCAGAUACGGAGCAGCGGCCUCGAACACCAGCCUCGGCCCAAGCCGUGACGGCGGCAGCAGCCGCGACACCAUUGACAAAGGCACCACUACCGGUGGCAACCCCGACGAUUUCCCACCGGGCUUCGACUCCAGACGUCCGGCCGGCGGCAAUGAGAAUCGGCAUUUUAACCCCAACCACGCCCCUCACAGCGAUACCCAGAUUCGAGACGCAAGCUUCCAAGGCCGUCUCGACGUACCCAUCACCCCAGGUCCUCAGCCCCAAUCUUCCUCUGGAACGCAAUAAUGACCGCAUCACGAUUCACUCCUUGGAGGCUAACACUCCUACAAAGGAAGACGCUGCUCCCAAGAGCUCUACGUCGGAGGAUGUAUUUGCCGAGCACGUGCCGGUCUCGGAGACAGCGGCGUUUGACGAGGUGCACGAAGGGUCCGGCCAAGGCGGCAACGUCUUGAUGAAGCGGAAAUUGAGGCGUGGCUUCGCGGCAGCCCGGUCGUCCCAACCAAAGGUAGAGGCGGUAGUUACUUCCGAGGAGACGGAGGUGAGCAACGACGCCUCUGAUAAGUCGGGGACGGUCUCGCCCACGGAGUCAGCCGACUCUUUCCACAGCGUACGGGCGUGGCAAUCACCCAUCACGCCACCAGCGACAUCGCUGCCGGACGUGCGAAGCGACGAGCCGCAAACGUUCCCGUACCCGCACGACAACAUCGUGAUGCCCCACCUCGCAGCUCAUCAACGCGACGUGUCGGAUCUGACGGUGACGCCCGACACGCGGUGCACCUGGGAUGCCAUGUCCAUCUCGUCAAGUGGGGCCUCACAGCUUAGCGCCAUGACGGCGCCGGACCACAGCCUCGGACCCAUCGACGAGUGCCAAAAGUCGAAUGCGUCGGAGGAUGGGGCCUGCUACACGACGGCGUCGUCGGCGACCACAGCGGGGACGCUAGUCACGGCGAAAAGGACAGGCCAGCCCUGCGCCACCGCGCUAGUUGCGGGAGGGCCGACAAAACAACAACAGCAGCAGCAGAGACGCACGCGGAUGGAGCUGCUGCGGCGGAUGCCCCUGAGCAUCGUAGCCAAGACGUGCGAAGUGCUGCUCGGGCCGCCGGCGUACCUCGUCACCCUCAUGCUCAAGGUGGCCUCCAAGAUCACGGCGGGCGAGUGGCGCGGCAUGGUGUUUGGCUUCGGCGAAGGCGGAGAGCAGAUCCCCGUGCAGUGGGACUACUCGGAUGGGGAUGGCGACCUGGACUGGGACAGCGACGACGACGACGACGGUGCGCACGACACGUUUGUGACGCCCAUGACGGGGGAAGAGGGCGACGAGCACGAGGCCGCCGACGAAUAUGAGGAGGCGCGGGAGGUAGGCGGCAGCGAGGACGAUUAUGACGAUGACGACGACGACGAUGAGGCCAGGGACGGCGAGAACACGAGCGAUUCCGACGACACGGGGCGGACGCUCGGCGUGGACUAG